GCGAAACACAAAUGUCUGUACAAGUUUUUCCUUCCGGAAGAGAAAGCGAUUCAACUUCAUAUAUUUGAGAUUUUUUUCCCUUUAAUAUUAUUGAUAAUUUAUAAAGUAAACCUCUAACAGGGUCCCCUUCUAUUAAGACGUCCAUUUCCUCAGGUUUCGUGUUUCAAUCGUUGCCUCUCCGUAUUCCCAGGAAUUCACGAUUUCUAGUAAUACCUCUCAUUUUCAGCUUUCAAUUCUAAAAACCUGGUAUCCUAAAAAGGAUUUCGUUUUCUUUAACUCAUAUAUUCAGAAAAGUCCCCGAUUGUGUGUAUUUCUGAUUUUUGAAAUAGUCCGCUAUGGUUUAUAUUUUGGGUGUGCCUAUUAAAGAUGAGCGGCCGGUAAAGUAUGCUCUGUUAGGUUUCUAUGGAAUUGGAAGAGCUGUUGCUGAGAAUAUAUGUGCCAAGCUUUCGUUUCAUGAUACAUUGAAAGUAAAAGACCUCAGUGACAGUCAACAAACUGGUCUCUCACAAUUGCUAUCCAAUAUGACCAUUGAAGGAGACUUGAAGCGACAAAGAGACGCCAAUAUUUCUCGAUACUAUAAUAUCCGUUCUUAUCGAGGUUUGCGACAUGCUGCUGGAUUGCCAGUAAAUGGACAAAACACAAGAACCAAUGCCAAAACCUCAAAGAAACUAAACCGCCUUCAAAGAAGAAGUUACAGUACUAGUUCGAUAGGAACAUUAGGAUGGAAUCGUGUGCUCCCAACUGCUGUUUCAAUUCUUCAGAAAAUCAAACAUAUUCGUUAGAGAAAUUGAUUAUCCAGAAUGACUGACUGUACGUGAAUAGCUUAAUCUGAAAUAUCUCCCAUCUCUUUUACAUUUGUCCCAACGUAUAUACUUUUAUUUUCUUUAACAUAAUGAUUUUUUCAAUAAAAUUACUAUGCACUAACCACCAGAGAAAAACCUAUCAAUUGCUCUUUCGAGACGCAAAGAACU